AUGGAGUGUGUGUUUUCGAGAAUAAAUGAUAUUACGCACGACGACGGUAGGCCACGAUUACCAAUCGAUGGAUAUGAAGGUGUGCCUCUGGUGUCAUUAGAAGUAGCGGUUGAACCACUUGUCUCCUUGUUUCCUGACGAUAGCCUUUCAACAAGAGUAACGAUAGCAAAACAACGGUGUCAAAAUCCUGCCGAUGGCUUAUCUCCAGAUGAAUCUGCAUCGAUCAUGCUCUAUACCAUCGAAUGGCCGCAUCGUGCGCAAAGUCUCUACUACAUUUUGAACAAGACAUUACGUGAAGAAAAUCGCGAACUUUUAAGACCAUGGUUUGCAUAUCUGAGACUAUUGAUUGAUGCACUCGUGCAGCUUCCUUUAUUUAACGACGUAGUCUACCGCGGUGUUAAAAGGAAUCUGACAGCUGACUAUCCACCCAAUACGCAAUUGACAUGGUGGAGUUUUAGCUCGUGUACUAGUGAUUUUCGUGCUCUCGAAUGUGAGGAAUUUUGUGGUACAAAUGGUCCUCGAACAAUCUUUCAUAUUAAAAGUGAACAUGCACGAGACAUCAGAAAUCACUCAUACUACGGAUCUGAAAACGAAAUCUUGUUAUUACCCGGUCGAUAUUUGAGCAUAAAGAAUCAUGCGAAUCUUGGAAAUGGACUAUAUAUAAUACACCUUGAGGAAGUUGAUCCUCCUUAUAAACUCAUCUCAUUACCCCCUGUUAAACCAUGGCAGCAAAUCAAACCAGGUGCAUCUCUUCUUGGCAAAUGUAUCAGUUCAGGAUGUCAGGCAUACAGAAAGGAAGUGACUAUACCAAUCGAUAUCGAAUGCUACGAUAUUGUUAAGGAUUCACGUACACUUGCACAAUGUCCAAUGUGUCGACAACAUGUGAACAUAUCCAAAUUGGGUUUUAAUAGAUGUCAAUGGAAGUUACAUGGUAUUAUACAACAAGAUAGUAUUAAUCCACCUAAGCCUUUUUUAAAAGAAUGGACACCGGCACCUCGACAUUCAUUGGUUCAAUACGAUUUAUCACAAAAAAAUGCGUUAUGUUGGCGCCAACUGAUGAUAGAAAUAACAUCAGAAGACUAG